AUGGACGAGAGCAUGGAGACAGAUGGACCCAGAUCAUCCAUGCCACCUGAGCUUCAACAUCCUCACUCCAAGUUCUCUCAGUGGAAGUUCAAGCUUUUUAGGGUUAGGUCAAUGGAGAAGGCGCCGUUGCCCAGCGAAGCGCAGCUUGGGGCCGCAAAGUUGUCGGCGGUCAUGCCUCCUGCCGCUCCAAUUACAGACUCAGACAACAGUGCGGGACCAUGCAGUGCUACAAAACUGAGUCUUGGGGGCAAAAGCAAGGAGAAUGAUGGUCCGGGACAGAGGGUGGAUAUGAAGCUGCAGGAAAUGGAGACCCACAUGAGCCAUCUCAGGGGUCUGUGCCGCCUUUGUGGGAAAAGCUUGACAAAAAUAAAAGGUCUACCUCACAACGUUCACGCCGACCUGGACGUGCCAUGCAAAAUGGCGCUUCGUAGAAUGGGCUGCAAGUUCACGAGCUGGCCCCAGAUCAUUCUUAAAGUCUUCAAAGUAGAUGUGAGAAAGGACACAGAGUCUGUCCAUCCUCCAUUCUUCUGCAGCUGCUGUCGCAUGGUGGUGAUCCGAGGCGGGGGAUUUUGCAGCUUUACCAAAACCAGAGUCCCUACCUGGAGACCCCACAAUCCCCACUGCCUGCUUUGCUUUCCCAAGAAACAAGAGUUUCAGAAGGCAAGGACAAAGAAGAGACGGGCCGUGACGAAACUGAAUCCUCUGCCUAAAAAGGUGAAGCUGGAUAUCAGCAGCAAUGUCAUCAAGAGCCACGGAAUCCUGGUCCCUUUUGGGCAUCGUCACAGUCCUGUUCUCAGUGCCUGGAAGAGUGCCCGGAUCCAAAGAGAGCACUGGGCAAGAAGCGUCACCCAGUGCCAAGAUGACCACCUGGGAAAGGAGCUCCUCGCAGAGAAACUUCCUAAUGACUUUCUAGCUUCCCUCACCUGCCUAGUUUGUGACCACCUGCUCUCUGACCCAGUUCAGUCUCCCUGUGGGCACCUUUUCUGCCGCAGCUGUUUUAAAAAAUACAGCAAAGUUGUGGGAGAUAACUGCCCCGCCUGCAACCAGGCCUGCGACCCAGAUGACCUCACCCUUCCGGCUAAAAGCUUCCUCUUAGCGCUAAAUUCUCUCCCCCUGCUGUGUCCUAAAGGUGACUGUGGCCGCCAAGUUCGGCUCGAUUCAUUUAAAGCCCAUUGGCAGAACCACGAGGACCUAAAAAAUGAAGCCAACGAAAUGCCUUCGGUGAACAACAAGUACCUGCUGGUCAAUAAAGGUGGGAGACCUCGGCAGCAUCUGCUAUCGCUCACUCGUCGCGCCCAGAAGCAUCGACUGAAAGAUCUGAAGAACCAGGUGAAGUCCUUCGCAGAGAAAGAAGAGGGCGGCGACCUGAGGUCCGUGUGUCUGACGCUCUUCCUGCUCUCGCUGAGAUCCUGGAAUGAACAUCGGCUGGCAGAUGAGAUUGAGGCCAUGAUGCAAGGCAAAGGAUUUGGGUUGCAUCCCGCGGUGUGUUUGGCCAUUCGGGUCAACACGUUCUUGAGCUGCAGCCAGUAUCACAAAAUGUAUCGCACCGUCAAAGCCACCACUGGCCGCCAGAUCUUUCAGCCCCUGCACACCCUCAGAGCAGCCGAGAAGGAGCUUAUCCCGGGAUUCCACCAGUUUGAAUGGCAGCCGUCGCUUAAAAACGUCUCCGCGGAGUGCAGCGUCGGCAUCAUUAAUGGACUCUCAGGAUGGACUUCCUCCGUGGAUGAAUCUCCAGCUGACACCAUCACUCGGCGUUUUCGCUAUGAUGUUGCCCUGGUGUCAGCGCUAAAGGAUAUGGAGGACGAGAUCUUAGAGGGGCUGAGGGAGAGUGGAAUUGAAGACAGUGCUUGCUCGGCCGGCUUCAGUGUUCUGAUAAAAGAAUCUUGUGACGGCAUGGGAGAUGUGAGCGAAAAGCACGGUGGCGGACCAGCCGUGCCCGAGAAGGCCGUGCGUUUCUCCUUCACUGUGAUGUGCAUUUCUGUGUUGAAAGACAAUGACGAGAAAGAGGUGGCCAUUUUCACAGAACCCAGGCCCAACUCAGAACUGUCCUGCAAGCCCCUUUGUUUGAUGUUUGUCGAUGAAUCGGACCAUGAGACGCUCACCGCCGUGCUGGGGCCAAUCGUUGCUGAGCGUAACGCAAUGAAGGAAAGCCGGCUCAUCCUAUCCAUCGGAGGCCUUCAGCGCUCCUUCCGCUUCCACUUCAGAGGAACAGGAUAUGAUGAGAAAAUGGUGAGAGAGAUGGAAGGCCUGGAAUCCUCCGGCUCCGCCUAUAUUUGCACUCUGUGCGACUCCAGUCGUGCGGAAGCCUCUAAAAACAUGGUUCUACACUCCAUCACCCGAAGCCACAGCGAGAACCUGGAGCGUUAUGAAAUAUGGAGAACCAAUCCGUUUUCUGAGUCGGUGGAGGAGCUCCGAGACAGAGUCAAGGGGGUGUCUGCUAAACCCUUCAUGGAGACUCAGUCCACACUGGAUGCCUUGCACUGUGACAUUGGCAAUGCCACAGAGUUCUACAAAAUAUUCCAGGAUGAAAUCGGAGAGGUUUUUAAAGUGGACAAUCCCAGCCGGGAGGAACGGCGCAGCUGGAGGGCGGCACUGGACAAAGAGUUGAGGAGGAAGAUGAAGCUGAAACCUGUGAUGAGAAUGAACGGGAACUACGCCCGAAGGCUAAUGACUCUGGAGACAGUGGAGGUUGUGUGCAACCUGGUGCCCUCAGAAGAGCGGAGGGAGGCCCUGAGGGAGCUCAUGCGGCUGUAUCUCCAGAUGAAGCCAGUGUGGCGGGCAACCUGCCCAGCCAAAGAAUGCCCGGACCAGCUGUGCCGCUACAGCUUCAACUCACAGCGCUUUGCUGACCUCCUCGCCACCACCUUCAAAUAUAGGUACAACGGCAAGAUCACCAAUUACCUCCACAAAACCCUGGCUCACGUCCCCGAGAUUAUCGAGAGAGACGGCUCCAUCGGAGCCUGGGCGAGCGAGGGGAACGAGUCGGCAAACAAAUUGUUCCGACGUUUCCGGAAGAUGAACGCGCGACAGUCCAAAGCGUUUGAACUAGAGGACGUGCUGAAACAUCACUGGCUGUACACGUCAAAGUACCUUCAGAGGUUCAUGGAGGCCCACAAGGACUCGGCCAAAACUCUGACAACAGCGUUUGAGCAAGUUGAAGUACAGGAGAGCGAAGAUGUGUCUAUGGAGGUUACAGACAUGUGA